CUGUCCGCGCCGUGGCGGGGCGGGCUCAGCGGUCCCUCCCGGCGGCCGUCGGGGCGCGCGUGCGCUCGGUGCGGCGGGGCGGGCACGCGGCGGGGCCAUGGCGGACUAUCUGAUCAGCGGCGGCACCGGCUACGUGCCCGACGACGGGCUGACGGCUCAGCAGCUCUUCAGCUGCGGCGAUGGGCUCACCUACAACGAUUUCCUCAUCCUCCCGGGGUACAUCGACUUCACGGCGGACCAGGUGGACCUGACCUCGGCGCUGACCAAGAGAAUCACGCUGAAGACCCCGCUGGUCUCCUCGCCCAUGGACACCGUCACCGAGGCCAGCAUGGCCAUCGCCAUGGCGCUGACCGGCGGAAUUGGCUUCAUCCACCACAACUGCACCCCGGAGUUCCAGGCCAACGAGGUGCGGAAGGUGAAGAAAUACGAGCAAGGAUUCAUCACAGACCCCGUGGUGCUGAGCCCCAAUGACCGAGUGCGAGAUGUGUUUGAAGCAAAAGCUCGUCAUGGAUUUUGUGGGAUUCCCAUCACGGACAAUGGGAAGAUGGGGGGCAAGCUGGUUGGGAUCAUCUCCUCCAGAGAUAUUGAUUUCCUGAAAGAGUCAGAGCAUGACCUGCCCCUCGGUGAGAUUAUGACAAAGCGGGAGGAUCUUGUUGUGGCCCCAGCUGGUGUAAUGUUGAAAGAAGCAAAUGAAAUUCUGCAAAGGAGUAAAAAAGGCAAGCUGCCAAUUGUUAAUGAAGAUGACGAGCUGGUGGCUAUCAUUGCCCGCACUGAUCUCAAGAAGAACAGGGACUACCCCCUGGCUUCCAAGGACUCCAAGAAGCAGCUGCUCUGCGGUGCUGCCAUCGGCACCCACGAGGAUGACAAGUACCGGCUGGACCUGCUGGUGCAGGCGGGCGUGGACGCCGUCGUGCUGGAUUCCUCUCAGGGGAAUUCCAUAUUCCAGAUCAAUAUGAUAAAAUACAUUAAGGAGAAAUAUCCCAACCUACAAGUUAUUGGAGGAAAUGUGGUGACUGCGGCUCAGGCCAAGAACCUCAUUGACGCGGGGGUUGAUGCCCUGAGGGUCGGGAUGGGCAGUGGCUCCAUCUGCAUCACACAGGAAGUGCUGGCGUGCGGCCGCCCCCAGGCCACGGCCGUCUACAAGGUGUCCGAGUACGCCAGGAGGUUCGGCGUCCCCGUCAUCGCCGACGGAGGCAUCCAGACGGUCGGGCACAUCGCCAAGGCCCUGGCGCUCGGGGCCUCCACAGUGAUGAUGGGCUCUCUGCUGGCUGCCACCACGGAGGCCCCAGGCGAGUACUUCUUCUCGGAUGGCAUCAGGCUGAAGAAAUACCGCGGCAUGGGCUCCCUAGAUGCCAUGGACAAGAACUUGGGCAGCCAGAAUCGGUAUUUCAGUGAGACAGACAAAAUUAAAGUGGCCCAGGGGGUCUCCGGUGCAGUGCAAGACAAGGGCUCUAUCCAUAAAUUCAUUCCAUACCUAAUUGCUGGGAUCCAGCAUUCCUGCCAGGAUAUCGGUGCCAAGAGCCUGACCCAAGUCCGAGCCAUGAUGUACUCGGGAGAGCUGAAAUUUGAGAAGAGGACAACGUCUGCCCAGGUUGAAGGAGGGGUGCACGGCCUCCACUCGUAUGAGAAGCGCCUCUUCUGAAGGAGAUGUGUCUGUCCCUGUGCCACCCAGCCUGCGCCGCUCCGCGCGGGAGCUGCUCUUGCUGCAGAAGUGCCAUUAUUCUGGGCUGCCUGGAGCUCCUGCUGUCCCUUGGCUGCUUUCUGACCACCCGCGAGGCCUGCCUUCCACCCAGGAGCUGUGAGCCUGGGCUGGAGCCUUGCACGUGUUGGCCAUGUUUUACAAUAAAAAAAUGAAAUGUGCA